AUGGCAUCCAAAGCAGCACCACCCCCCGUGCCGGGCCCCUCAACGCCCCUCCUCCCGUCCAGUGCCCGCCGCCAACCCAUGCGACAAGCCCGCACCAACCCCCCGCGAAAAACCGCCGCGCACCCCAAGCUCGGCGGCGGAGGUGGCAGCAACAGCAUCAACGGCAGCGGCAACCGUCUCGCCAACGGCACCAACCCACACGCAGGCCACCCCACACCCUCCACCCAGCCUCCGGCAAAGUUCUACCCCGCCCUCACAGCGUUCACCGAUGCCGUCGACGCCCUCCCGUCCGAGACGAUCCGCCACUUUACGCUCCUGCGCGAGGUGGACGCGAAGGCGUACGGGCCCGAGGCUGUCCUGCGCUCGCUCAUCACUGCCGCGCAGGAGCUCCCGGCCCCCGACGACCCCUACGAGUUUGAUCCAGCGCUGGAGGCAAUGAAGCAGCUCGACGAGCUUCAGCGGCGGCGGGAGGAGCUCGCCACGCCUGCAGAGGCCAUGCUCCUGCAUGAGCUUGAAGCCACCCAGGCGGCUGAGAUCGCGGCGGGGGCUAAGACGAUCCUGGGUCAUACCGAGACGCGGCGGUCGCGGUGUCUCCAGAUGCGAACGCAGAUCUCGGAGAUCCUUGUGACGCUGGACGAGAAGAUUCAUGUUAUAACGACGGCGUACGAGGCGCUGCAAAAGCACCUCCAGCGUAUCGAUCACGCGUAUAGCUAUGUGCAGCACGAGAUCCCGGAUUUGUAUCGGCUGGGCAGCACGGAGCACUGGGCCUACAAGGAGCCGGUUAAGAAGGGGACAGCGGCGGCACAGGCUCGAGCGGCCGAGCGCGCGCAGAGGGAGGCCGAGGAGAGGCAUCAUGCUGCGCAGCAGCAGAGGGAGUUGGAGACAUCGAAUACGCGCUCGGAAACUAGACGGGAGGCACUAUUACGGCAGAAGGCGGCGGCGGCGGCCCAACAACAGCAGGCGGCAGCGGCAGCGGCGGCAGCAGCAUCGGCUCAUGAGGAGGAUGAGCAGGCCCCGAGAGACCAGAACCACCACGCUCAGCCGACGAAGAAGCUACACGGAAACUCCAAGAUACGGAAGGAACAGGAGGCCCUGGCAUCGGCAAUGCGGAUGGCCGAGCACCAAUCGGCGAACGGGGGUGGUGGGCUCAUACCGGUUGCUGCUGCCGCAGCAGCCGCAGCCGCUACGGCGACUACACCGCUUGUUCCGCCGCAGCAGAAGAGACGAAAGACGACGAAUACGACAAAGGAGACGCCGACGGCGGAGAAGGUGUCAGCACCGGGGACAGCGACAAAGGGUGCGGUCAGCCCUAGGGCGGGCACUCCGGCGAGUACGACGAGCAAGAGGGGAGGGAAGUCGGGAUCUGGGGCGGGAGCGGGUAGAGGGGGACGAAGGAACCCCGGCCCCGCAACAACGGCCACCGCGCCCGCACCCACCACCGCAACCGGCACACCGGCACACCCCGCCCAGACACCGAUCUCCGUCGCAGCAUCAUCACCGCAUCUGGGACCCCCGCCAUCGCCCCUUCACGCCCUCUUCCCGCCUAUCAAGACCAAGAAAGAAAAAGACCCCACCACAACCGCCGCCUCUACCACUGUUGCUACUGCCGCUAUCGCCGCCGCCGACGAAGGUACAAUAGUACCCCCCGUCCCCGCGGCAAGAAGGAAUAGCAAAGUCACAGGCCCACCCCCAGGCCCAGAAGCCUUCCGCGAUGACCGUCACGACGUAAUCAUGGGCGGGACCGCCGCCGCCGCCGACCCCCACCCACAGGCGCCAAAAGCAUAUACCACAGAGACAGCGGAGAAGCCAGCGGGCGGAAAGCGGAGAAAGGAUCUACAAACACACCACAGCAUCACCGUCGCCAACAAUCCUGAGGAGAUGCAGGGCGUCGAGAUGGAGCACCCACAUGCGCAUGGGCACGGGCAUGGCGGCCACGCAAGAAAAGACUCCAGCGACCGUAAAGACGACAAGAAGCGCAAGCGCCACGACGACCCCACGUCCGCCACGUCCGCCACAUCCGCCACGUCCGCCACGUCCGCCACCUCCGCCGCCGCCGCUGCCGCCCCAGACGCACCGCCCACCGCCGAAAAGGAGAAGCCCUCCAAAUCGCACGCCAAAGCGCGGCCCUCCACCUCCGAUGGCCUACAGCCCGCCACUUCCAGCAGCAGCAACUCCAAACGCGGGGCGCGCAAGCGCGCAGACUCGUCUGCGGCGGCGCUCAUGAAGGUAGAGGAGCCGGAGGACGAUGCGGACGCGGACGCGGAGGACGACGAGGAUGAGCCCGUGUAUUGCUACUGCCAGCAGGUGAGCUAUGGCGAGAUGGUGGCGUGUGAUGGCGAGAGCUGUCCGAGGGAGUGGUUCCACCUGGAUUGUGUGGGGCUGCAGCAGGCGCCGAGGGGGAAGGCGAAAUGGUAUUGUAAUGAGUGUAAGGAGAAUAUGUCGCGUGUGAGGAGGACGGGGAGUAGGGCUUAG